AUGGUCAAAUAUCCGCAAGAUAUUGAUAAUGAAGGAUAUGAGACUAGGCACGGAGCAUUUGGGGUUGCCUAUUUGAAGGAUAUGACGGAUAAGGAAACGCUUGCGUCGGUGACACCGACGUGGCACGCUCCGGAUCGUCCGAUGGGACAGAUGGACGGCCGAGAUUCAAUCUCGGCAAAGCAAACAGUGUUUGACACCAAAAUGUGGGCCGUUAGAUCAAAGUGUCGGUUUGAUCGGAGCCGUUGA